ACAGAUGUCUCCGGUCUUUGUUCGCCCAAAUUCUAACUUCUUUUUUCCGCAUACCAAAUGCGGAAUGAAUGCCCCUUUAAAGUCCUUGACCUCAAGUAGUACAGUAGAGUACAGUACAGUGCUCCGUAAGUUAACAAGUGGGUUAAACUCAGCCCUUCCUCUGUUCUCUCUCUCCUUUUUAUUCUGCGGCAAAAUCAACCCUUCCCAUUUUUUUAGGGUUUUGUAAUGUUGGAGCUUCAACAAUGGAGUUAGGGUUAGAUUCUUCAUCAACGACCUGCCCUUUAGGGCUUUCUCUUUCUAAACAACAAGAAAUUUCUGCAAUUGACUCUCCAGAACAUCCUUCUCCCUCCUUCGAUGAUCAUCAAUCUUCCGAUUCCAUCAAUGAUAACCUCGGUUCCCUCACUCUUGUCGAGGUCCCCGACAUCAAUCGCGGAGAUCUCACGGCGGAGAGAGAAAAUAACGAUGAAGAGAAUGGGGAGAUUGAGAGUGUGAGAAAGGAUGAAUUGAGUGGUAGAAGUAGUAGUGGUAGUUUUCACACCGAAAUCGACGCCGCGGACAACAAUGUCAGCUUAGACGGCGAUCUUACGGCGGAGACAGAUAAUCACGAGGAGAAUUGGGAGAUUGAGAAUGUGAGCAAAGGCGAGGAUAGUGAAAAGGAGUUAAGUUGUAGAAUUAGUAUUAAUAGGCUUCAAACUGAAAUUGGCUCUGCCUACGAUAAUGGCGGUGACGACAGUAAUCGCACGGAGGAGGGAGAAAACAACGAAGAACAUAAUGUGGAGGAAAAGCAGGAGAUUGAGAAUCCGAGGAUAGAUGAUGAGGACGGUGAAAAGGAGUUAACUUGUAGAAGUAGUAGUAAUAGUAAUAUGUUUCAGACCGAGAUCGACGCGGAUAACAAUGGCGUCGAAGGAGGUUUUAGUACAGAAGAGAAAGAAAACAGUGAAGAAGAGAUUGGGGACGAAAAGCAGGAGAUUGAGAAUAUGAGCCAAAAUGAGGACAGUGAAAAAGAGUUAAGUAACAUAAGUAGUAGGUCUCAAACCGAAAUUGACACGGAGAACAAUGGCGGCGAAGAUGGUGAUUGCAGGGUCGAGAAAGGGGACAAUGAAGAGAAUGGGGAAGAAGCUGAGGAGGUUGAGAAUGUCAGCAAAAAUGAGGGUAGUGAAAAAGAGUCGAGUCGUAGAAGAAGUAGUAGUCAUAGGUUUCCUGUGAGGCCUGAGUCUGAGGAUUGUGCAUUUUUCCUCCGAACUGGGACUUGCAAGUUUGGGAUGAAUUGCAAGUUUAAUCAUCCUCCUAAUCAUAAGAAACUUCAGGGUGCUAAGGUGAAAACGAAGGAAGAAUGUGCCGGUUCUGCUACACAGAGGGUGAUCGAAAACUAUGAAUCUGCGGAUAAGGAACAAGUUGAUUGCAAGUACUUUGAUCGUCAAGGAGGGUGUAAGUUUGGGAAAGCUUGUAAAUUCAACCACAGCAAAAAAGUCAACUCUACCUUAAAGUUUAAUUUUUUGGGUUUGCCGAUUCGUCUGGGAGAAAAUAAGUGCCCUUUUUAUAUGCGCACCGGGUCUUGCAAGUUCGGAACAAAUUGUAGAUUUAACCAUCCUGACCCUACAUCUGCUGGAGGACCUGAUGCCUCUCCCAGAUACAGCAAUGGAGGAUCCAUCUUUUCACCUAAUGCCUCACAAUCGACUCUUGCACCCUGGUCUCCUACCGCUGUAAAUGAAAGUCCUUAUAUGCUGCCUUUGAUGUAUUCUCCAACUCAAGGUGUUCCUUCACAGUCAGAUUGGAAUGCUUACCAGGCUCCAGUAUAUCCACCUGAGAGGAGCGUUCACAUUCCACCAACAUAUGCAAUGCAUAGUAGUAUACAGGAAAGGCCGCAGCAGAUGCAUGGUGAUGACUUUCCAGAAAGACCUGGCCAACCCGAAUGCAGUUACUUCGUAAGAAACGGUGAUUGCAAAUACAGAUCUGCAUGUAAAUUUCACCAUCCCAAAAUUGCGACGGCUCAGUCACCGUCAUGUCUUCUCAGUGACUUGGGUUUGCCUCUAAGAUCUGGUGAAAAUGUUUGCAGCUAUUACAGUCGGUAUGGAAUUUGCAAGUACGGUCCUGCAUGUAAACAUGACCAUCCAAUAAACCAUGCACAUUCAUCUAUGUUGACUGUCUCAGCAGUAGAUCAACCUUCACUUUUAGGUCAACCGCCUGGCCGUGACAGCUGAAUCUUAAAUCCUGAAUCUGAAGCAUUUAACAUAUACAUUAGAAAUGUGAAAAAUGGCAUGUAAUGAUUAGUAUUAUUCAGGUUAGAAGGAACUAAAGAACUGGUUGAAGCUUAUGGGGAAAGCUUUUCCAAACGAAGGGUUGCUCGAAGAAAAAUUGUAAAUUAUGUUUCAGAUUAUGAUGUGUAAAUUAUCAACUCAAAAUUCCCAUAGUUGAAAACUUUAUAUGGAGGAGUUUUCACCUUCUGUCA